ACAGUCUAAAGAGUAAAGACUCUAAAUCCUCUCGAACAUUCACAAAUCUCGAACAUCAACAUCAUGUUCUAGAAAUUCCCUUCAUUUCCCUCCAUUUGAACUAUGCAGAAUUAGGGUUCGCUUCUGAUGUUAUCAACGAUAAAUUUUGUGUGUCCUUCGUUCUUGAUGAUUACUUGGUAAAUUUCUUGGUUCAUGUUUGUCAUUCUUCAAAAGGUGAGAUCACAUUCUAACUUUGAAAUGUAUUCGUUAAGCAGAAUAGCUGUUAAUGGAGUUGUAUCUCCAUUUCCUAACCACAGAGUGACCUUAAAAUCUUUUUCAAUUGUGAUUAACUUAAGAAAUUUCAACAGAUUGCCUAUGCAGAAACUGAAGAUGUCAAGUUCUUUAAACCCUAAUUUUGUUAAACAGAAUUGCAUAUCUUUGAUCCCUAACUUUGUUAAGAAGAAUUCUAGUACUUUGAUUACAGAAUUGGUUAAACGGUUUUCAUCUUUAGUGAUGAAAAUUAUGACAGUCUAUGUUCUUUUUAGAGUAGCUGUAAAACUGUUAGAGAAAUGUAUUUUUGAAACGGUAGUGCGAUCAAAAUUUAGAGUUGGUGAUCACAUUACAACUACUGUUGAUGGUGAAGAAGUUAGGGGCUUUGUUGAGCUAAUAGGAUGGUUUGGUACUACAAUUAGAAUGGAAAAUGGGAACCUAUUUUACAUCUCAAAUGGAAAAUUUGGUUCAGUCGACAUUUUGAGGCGGGCUGUUUCUUGGAAAUACGACAAAGAUUUUGAGAUUGAUAGUAUAUAUGUCUUCUGGAAUCCUAUCAAAGAAGAGGACAAAGGGUUGGAGCUGGGAAAUAUUUUACGAAAGAUCUAUCUCACUCUAAAAACAAUACUGAUAGCCUAUGUUAUUUCCUGAUGCUUAUGUUGGUGCCAUGAAGUUUUUGUGGGACAAUCACCAUGUACUAUUUGGUGCGGCCGAUGUCUUUCAUUCCUCCUCUCAGUUAAGCUCUAUGUUGCUGCUUGUUUUUUUUAGGACACCAUGUUUUUAAAGCUUGUUAAGGUUAUUGGUGCUACUAAAAACUGCCCCUGUAGAUUCAAUAAGCUCGACUGACUCUUCCCUUGUCAAGGUUACGUGUGCUACUGAAGCUUCCACUUGAGGUUUGAGCUCGACAGAUUCUGCAGUCUGCAAGAUUUCUAUUACUGUUAAGCUUUCACUGUGGAUUCAGUGAGCUCGACGGAUUCUUCUUGAACGCUUAUCUUGAUCAGAAGUUCAAGGUUUUUGAUGUUUUCUUUUUUUGUUUUUGAUCAGACAGCUGGGGAGUUUUUUAUGUUACAUACUGUAUAUAUCUAGUUUUAGGUUUCGUUCAAAUCUUGAGAAUGGAAUCAAUCAAUCAAUAGGUAGAUGUUAAUAGCUACAGGUUUACUUAAUGGGAAAGAAAUGGCUAGUCAUACACAGUUCUAACUACGAAGUGAUGCCCUGACCUGGUUACACGUUUUGCAGAAGGAUUCUGAAAGCUCUUGCAAGACAGAUGCUAGAUUAAAGGAUAUCAAGUACUUAACUAGUUUAAUUUGUAAUUUUCUAUUUCUGACAAGGCUUUGUAAUAUUAAUGCACAUUCACUUGGUGUUUUAGACAGCACCCCUAGUCUGGCUUUCCACCAUUCUG